AAAAAACCAGCUGCUUCCUGCUUCCGCCGCGACUCCUCUUCCUGUCCGCGUCGGGGAUCCCUGCGCCCCGCGUCCCCGAAGUCUCGAGUCCAGCGACCCCCGUGCCCUGCGCCCCGCGUGCCCGGAGCCCACGACCCAGCUGUCGGACGGUCCCCGGAACCCCCGAGUCCCCCGGUGCCCUGAACCCCGCUUCCCCCGGAACCCCCGCGUGCCCGGUGCCCUGCUCCUCGCGUCUCCGGAACCCCCGCGUCCCCGCGCGCUCUCCAGAGUCCCGGUGGCGAAGGCCACCGCCCGACCGGGCGUAGAGCGCCGCCUUCCUCCGCCCCACCGGCGCCAUGGCCGCCCCCGACCUGUCCACCAACCUCCAGGAGGAGGCCACCUGCGCCAUCUGCCUUGACUACUUCACGGACCCGGUGAUGACCGACUGCGGCCACAACUUCUGCCGCGAGUGCAUCCGGCGCUGCUGGGGCCAGCCUGAGGGCCCGUACGCCUGCCCCGAGUGCCGCGAGCUGUCCCCGCAGAGGAACCUGCGGCCCAACCGCCCGCUCGCCAAGAUGGCCGAGAUGGCGCGGCGCCUGCACCCGCCGUCGCCCGUCCCGCAGGGCGUGUGCGCCGCGCACCGCGAGCCGCUGGCCGCCUUCUGCGGCGACGAGCUGCGCCUGCUGUGCGCGGCCUGCGAGCGCUCGGGGGAGCACUGGACGCACCGCGUGCGCCCGCUGCAGGACGCGGCCGAAGACCUCAAGGGGAAGCUGGAGAAGUCCCUGGAGCAUCUGCGGAAGCAAAUGGAGGAUGCGCUGCUGUUCCAGGCCCAGGCUGAGGAGACCUGCGCCUUGUGGCAGAAGAUGGUGGAGAGCCAGCGGCAGAACGUGCUGGCGGAGUUCGGGCGACUGCGCCGGCUGCUCGCGGAGGAGGAGCAGCGUCUGCUGCAGAGGCUGGAGGAGGAGGAGCUGGAGGUGCUGCCCCCGCUGCGGGACAGCGCCGCCCGCCUGGGGCAGCAGAGCGCCCGGCUGGCCGAGCUCAUCGCUGAGCUGGAGGGGCGCUGCCAGCUGCCGGCGCUGGGGCUGCUGCAGGACAUCAGGGACACCCUGCGCAGGGUGCAGGAUGUGAAGCUGCAGCCGCCUGAGGUGGUUCCCAUGGAGAUGAGGACGGUGUGCAGGGUUCCGGGGCUGGUGGAGGCCCUGCGGAGAUUCCGAGGGGACGUGACCCUGGAUCCCGACACCGCCAACCCGGAGCUGGUCCUGUCAGAGGACAGGAGGAGCGUGCGGCGGGGAGACCUGCGGCAGUCCCUGCCCGACAGCCCCGAGCGGUUUGACCCCGGGCCCUGCGUGCUGGGCCGCGAGCCGCUCACCUCCGGCCGCCAUUACUGGGAGGUGGAGGUGGGGGAGCGCGCCAGCUGGGCGCUGGGCGUGUGCAGGGAGAACGCCAACCGCAAGGAGAAGGGUGAGCUGUUCGCAGGCAACGGCUUCUGGAUCCUCGUGUUCCUGGGCAGCUACUACAACUCCUCCGAGCGGGCCUUCGCCCCCCUGCGGGACCCGCCGCGGCGCGUGGGCAUCUUCCUGGACUACGAGGCCGGACACCUGUCCUUCUACAGCGCCACCGACGGGUCCCUCUUGUACGCCUUCCCCGAGACCCCCUUCUCGGGGACCCUGCGGGCCCUUUUCUCGCCUCUGUCCAGCAGCCCGACCCCCAUGACCAUCUGCAGGCUGAAAGGCGGGCCUGGGGACUCGCUGGCUCCCCAGUGAGGGGGCCUCCCAGCUGCUCGGGAAUCUGGGCGGGUCGUGCUGUCCUCUGAGCUGCUGCGGAGGCGCUCACAGUGCCAGGCGGCGGUGCGGCUGCGUUAGCGAAACUGACCUCCCGCGCUCACUCCUGGAAGCGUGUGCCCGCGUGUGCAGGGCCAGCUGCAUCCUGUCCUCUGGACGGAGGGCGCUGAGACACCCCCAUUCACCAGCCCUGGGCCUCGGGCUCCCGCCCCCUCUGCAGCCCUGGAGCUGCAGCUCCAGAAAGCUGCCGCCAGGAGCAGGCAAGCCCGCGUGCCUGUGUGCGGGUCUGGUCCUGAGAAGGGGGGAGGGAUAGACUUGCCCUGCAGUGGCCAGGUACCAGGUGAUGGGCAGACGGGCCAGAGGGAGCUGGGAGCAGGACACCCGGGCAUCCUCCUCGUCUGAACACAGACCACUGGGGGCUUCUGGAAAAUGCUCUUCCCUGGCUCCCCUUGCAGGGGUUCAGGUAGGGCAGGCCCGUGGGCCCCUGGGGGGAGCAGGCACAGAAGCCCCUGGCCUCCCUCUGGGCCGCAGGGAGAACCCCAGCUGGAGUCACCCUCACAGUUCUCUCCUCGGUGGCCUGAGGGCCUGCUGAGCCCAGAACUCAACGUACCUGGUCCCCAGUCCUUUCUGCCCUGCCUGGGGCAGGUGGGGCCUCAGAGAGGGCCCCCCCUUCUCGCUACCAGAGUCUGGGAUUUGUCUCUGCUUUGUUCAGACUUUGUCACCCUUCGCAAAGGUGUGCUCCAGCUUCUUGGUAACCCUAGGUUUUAUUUAUUGUAAGGACUGUUCUCACAGUAAAUAAACUGUUGUCUGUGA